GCGUAGUGUAUAGCAGGUUGAGCAAUUGGCUUUAGUCUAUAUGCUCUAUUCUCUGUUCUGUUCUCUAUUCUGUUCUCUUAUUUUAGUAGUAGUAGCCACCUCUUGACCUGGAAAAACCUGGUUGUUCCUGAGAUCUUCCACUCAAUUGCAACCACCCCCGAGAACUCGUAAUUGCACAUUAUUCCAUCCUGCAUGGUCAUGAAGUUCCAACUGAAAAAGCGUCUUUUGUGUAAAUGCCCCAUGUUUCGAGAAAACUAUAUAAACAUCUUUCGAUCCUCUAGCACCUUGUUCCGAUUCUCUACCCAACAAACAAACAAUCAUCAAUAAUCAUGUCUGACUUUGAUGUUGAAAAAGUCCUAGAGCAAUUGACUCUUACUGAGAAAAUCGGCCUUACUGCUGGUAUCGACUUCUGGCACACUUAUCCAGUCGAAAGAUUAAACAUCCCAUCCCUUAGAUUCAGUGAUGGUCCAAACGGUGUUCGUGGUACAAAAUUCUUCAAUGGUGUUAAAGGUGCUGUUUUUCCAAAUGGUACUGGUUUAGCUGCUACUUUCGAUAAAGAUCUAUUGAGAGAAGCUGGUAAUAUGAUGGCUCUUGAAGGUAAACAUAAGGGGGCUCAUGUCAUCUUGGGUCCAACUACAAACAUGCAAAGAGGUCCAAACGGUGGUAGAGGGUUUGAAUCAUUUUCUGAAGAUCCUUAUUUAGCUGGUAUUGCUUCUGCUGCCAUUGUUAAUGGUAUUCAAGAUAAACAUAUCGCUGCCACUAUUAAACAUUAUACUGGUAAUGAUUUAGAACAUGAACGUAACUCUUCAGACUCAAUUAUCAGUCCAAGAGCUCUAAGAGAAAUCUACUUGGAACCUUUCAGAUUAGCUGUUAAAUACUCAAACCCAUUAUGUUUUAUGACUGCUUAUAACAAAGUUAAUGGUGAACAUGCUUCUCAAUCAAAAUUCUUACUUCAAGAUGUUUUACGUGGUGAAUGGAAAUGGGAUGGUGCUGUUAUGUCCGAUUGGUAUGGUACUUACUCAACUUCUCAAGCUCUUGAAAAUGGGUUAGAUAUUGAAAUGCCAGGUCCUCCAAGAAUGAGAACUGAAUUGGCAAUUUCUCAACAAGUUUCUUCUAAAGAAUUACAUAUCAAUCAUUUGAAUGAUAGAGUUAGAGCCGUUUUGAAUUUGGUUAAAUAUGCCAAACAAGGUGAUAUUCCUGAAAACGCUCCAGAAGAUGAGAAAAACAAUACUUCAGAAACUGCAGAAUUCUUGAGAAAAUUAGCUGCUGAAUCAAUUGUCUUGUUGAAGAAUGAUAAUAACGUUUUACCUUUGAAAAAAGAAGAUAAAAUUGCGGUCAUUGGUCCAAAUGCUAAAUAUGGUGCAUUUUCAGGUGGUGGUUCCGCUUCAUUAGCUCCAUAUUAUGUUGUUACUCCAUAUGAAGGUAUUGCAAACAAAAUCGGAUCAAACCCUGCUUAUACCGUUGGUGCUUAUGCUCAUGAUACCUUACCAGGUUUAUCUGAACAAGCAAUUAACCCAAAGACUGGUAAGCCAGGUAUUCAUAUGUCCUUUUAUCAUGAACCAAGGGGUACUCCAGGUAGAGAAUUAUUCGAUGAACUAGAUUUAACAACUUCUUAUCAUAUUAUGUUUGAUUAUGACAACAAAGCUGUUAGAGAUUAUUUAUUCUAUGCCGAUUUAGAAUGUGUCUUUACACCUGAAGAAACUGCUGAUUAUGAUUUUGGUGUAACAGUCUUGGGUACUGCUCAAUUAUUUGUUGAUGACAAAUUAGUUGUUGAUAACAAAGAAAAUCAAAAGAAAGGUCAAGCUUUCUUCAAUACUGGUACUGUGGAAGAAGUUGGUUCAGUUAGAUUAGAAGCUGGUAAGAAAUAUAACGUUCGUAUUGAAUUCGGUUCAGGUAAAACUAGAACUUAUACUGAACAAGAUGGUGUUGAUUUCGUUGGUAAUGGUGCUAUUGCAUUUGGUGUUGCUAAAGCAAUUGAUCCAGAAGGUGAAAUUAAAAAAGCAGUUGAAUUGGCUAAAUCUGUUGAUAAAGCUAUUGUUGUUAUUGGUUUAAACCGUGAAUGGGAAUCUGAAGGUUAUGAUCGUAAAGACUUAACAUUACCAGGUUAUACUGAUAAAUUGGUUGAAGCUAUCUUAGAUGCCAACCCAAAUACUGUUAUUGUUAAUCAAUCAGGUACUCCAGUGGAAAUGCCAUGGAUUAAGAAAGCUAAAACUUUGGUUCAUGCUUGGUACGGUGGUAAUGAAUUAGGUAAUGCAAUUGCUGAUGUCUUGUAUGGUGAUGUUAAUCCAAGUGCUAAAUUAUCAUUAUCAUUCCCAAUUAAAAUUGAAGAUAACCCUGCAUUCUUAAACUUCCACACUGAAAGAGGUAGAGUCUUAUAUGGUGAAGAUAUCUUCAUUGGUUAUAGAUACUAUGAAAAAUUACAAAGAAGAGUUGCUUUCCCAUUCGGUUAUGGUUUAUCUUACACAACUUUCAAAUUUUCUAAAUUAUCCAAUUCAGUUGAUGAAUCAAAAGAUGAAUUGAAAGUUUCAGUUAAUGUUCAAAACACUGGUAGCGUCAAAGGUAAAGAAGUUGUUCAAGUUUAUAUUAGAAAAGUUGAUUCUGAUGUUAUUAGACCAAUCAAAGAAUUGAAAGGUUUUGAAAAAGUGGAAUUAGAUGCUGGUUCUAAUAAGACUGUUGAAUUGAAACUUUCAUUAAAAGAUUCUGUUUCAUUCUUUGAUGAAUUCCAAGACAAAUGGUCUGUUCAAGCUGGUGAAUAUGAAAUUCAUGUUGGUGCUUCAAGUGAUGAUAUUGAAUUGAUCGAUAAAUUCAAUGUUAAAAAAUCAUUCUUCUGGUCUGGUAUCUAAGAAGAUUUUUAAUACUUGCUCUUUAGUUUUUAACUUGUUUAUGUGAAAAUAAAAAAGUAUAUGUGAUCUGGAAAAAAGAUAGUCCUACACUUUAAAUCUAUUCUAUAAAAGCUUUAUUAAAAAGAAAUGAAUUGUAGAAAUGACAAAUAGGAAAUAAGUCAAGAAACUUUGACAAUUAGAAAAGAACAAGAAAAAACCAUGCAAAAACACAAAUUAAACUUAAGGAGAACACCGAGCAAACAAAACAAAGAGCCUAGAAAGCAUUAUUAUCAAUCUUUAUGGAUAUCAAACACCAAUUUUUUGACAACUCUUUCAGAAUUGAAAUCAUUUAAUGAUGAUGAUCUCUUUAUAGGUUUCUCCCUUGGAUUCACAAAACUUAGAUACUUAACUCUAUCUUUUCUAGGUGGUGUAACAUAUGAUGGGAUUUCAACAUUAUUUGAAUUAUUC